CGACAAAACAGGGGUCUUUAAAUGGUUAAAUGCAUACCUUUAUUUUCCCUAUUGUGGUAUAAAAAGAAAUAUGAGAAUAUAAGGUUUUGGCAAUGUGUUAACGCCUGAAAGAUAAUUCGGGAGCUGUUUUUGGAUAGUGGACAUAACCUUGCCUUCCCUGCCUGGGUAGCACGUAUUUAGCCUCACGUAUCAGCGAAGAAGAAAAAAAAUGAUCAAUCAAAGCUUGCUGGUCUGCAUGGCACUAAUCAUUUCAAGAACAUGCAUCGCAGCUACGGUUAUUAUUGACGGAAAGGAGGUAAACUGCAGUUCCAAUUGUGUUUGCUGCAAUGGAGGAGUUGACAGAUGUGGUUAUCAAGCUGGUGCAGGAGACGGUCAGAAUUAUUGUUUUGACGGAUGUGUUGACGAAAUAUAUGGUGAACGAUGUCAUAAUCCUUGUUACGGGAAUUGCCAUACGUGUUCACAAAUUACAGGUAUACCAUGCUUCAUCUGCAAAGAUUCAUUUUAUGAUAUAAAUAGUAAUUGUAGCAACAGCUGCUCAGUCGGAUGUGAUGGGGGGUCCUGUAAUGACGACGGGACUUGUAGUCCAUGUACCGACAAUUAUGAAGGAAUAACAUGCAAUACGUGUAGACCAGGAAGAUAUGGAACAAACUGUAACGUUACCUGCUCAAUAGGAUGUCAGAAUGACAUUUGUAAUGACGAUGGAACCUGUAGCUGUCGUGAAGGUUUUUCAGGAUCUUCUUGCAAAGAAUGUAUUUCUGGGUAUUAUGGGCCAAACUGUAACAUUACGUGUCCAAUACAAUGCAGUGGCAACAUGUGUUUGAGAAAUGGAACAUGCAUUUACUGCGUCUCUGGUAAUUACGGGGACUAUUGCAACAAAACAUGUUCUACUGGAUGUUACGGUGGAAAUUGUAAUAUUGAUGGAUCUUGCAGUCCAUGCACGGCGAAUUUCGAAGGAAGAACAUGUAAAGAAUGUUCACAAGGAAAAUAUGGUAUAAAUUGUUCCCUCGGUUGCUUAAACCAAAAUUGCCGGUGUUCAUUGUUCAUGAACAAUGGAAAGUGCUGUUUGUGCAAACGCGGAUAUUAUGGGGAAAAUUGCAAUUUAUCGUGUAGACAGAUUUGCAUUAACUCCGAAUGCAACAUGUUGGGUAAAUGUCUGAAUGGUUGUUCUGGAGGAUACACGGGAGUAAGAUGUGAGACAGACAGCAACAAGCCGAACGAGGAAUAAGAUGGGGAACACAGCGCGGCAAUAAAAGAUCGACAGUAAUAUGAAAUACUACAAGCCUCUGCCAAUCCAGAUGAUAACAGUACAACAAUAAGGAUAAUGUUGUAGCGUUUCCAGUUGAAAACAAAUAUUCCAAGGAAAUCUUUUGCAUAGAUAUAUGUCACAUUUUGAACGACUCUUUUGAUAGCUUGUUUUACAUUUGAUUAAUACUUUUGUCAUGGUAUGUGUUAUUUAUAUAUUUCACGACGCGUGUAAGAUUUUUAAUUUUAGAUUUUUGACAUUUACGAGGACUAUACCAUUAAUUCUAAGAAUGAUCUGAACAUUUUUUUUCGUUAUUAUGAUAGUUCUAUUAGACAUCGUUAAAUACAUAUAUAGUUAGAUAUUCACCCUGCUGUCUUCAUGCAUUCUUGUUUCCUAUAUUUGAUAUUAUUUGUUACAAUAUAACAUCGUGAUACUGAUAAUUUCUCUAUUGUAAUAUCCAUUGAAAUAUAUAAAAUACAGGGAAAGACCUGAAGCAAAAUAUGGUCACCAUAUCUUUUCACAAUACUUACCAGGGCAACAAAUUGACAUUUAAAUAAAAGAAAGAAAGGCAUGAUAUAUAAGCCAUCUCAUGUUGUGCUUGUAUAAUAGUAUACAGUUGAUCCGAUGGACAUUUUUAUAAUGAUUUUACAUCAUAGUACGUUGCAAAUGAUACAUAAGACCAGUCACACAAACCUUUUAAAUGUUCGUAUUUUGUGUUUGCCAAAUUUAGUUUUAGAAAACUCUUCAAAUUGAUGGAUGGUUAAACAUUUUCUAUAACAAAAGCAUCGUGAUUCUGGCAUGUGUUCUACCGAUGAAAAACAAAUCAAUAAUGAUUAUUAUUGAAUAAAAAUGUUACUCAGUUUUUAAAUAUUUUUGUCUCUAUGAAAGAUCUGAAUCAUUCCUAUGACCACCAAUAUAGAGAUCCUGACAUAAUUGGUUAAAUAAAGCCGCUUGAAUUAUUGAUUUUUUCGAGUAAAGAAUGUGUUCAAAAAUAUUAAGCGCAUACGUAUGCAAAGCAAUAACAUGUACUACAUAUAAAGUCCCCAAAAAUAAACAAUGUGGUGAACAUAGUUAUACCCAUAUUUUUAGAAAAAUAAUCAACAGUUAACCAGAUUUAAAUAUUCCGACAGUCUUUACACUGCUGUCCAUAAAGGCUCUGGUUCUAAUCAAAAUGUUAGGAAAUUCUGUAAAGUGCUUAAAAUAAGAAUAUGUGAGUCUGCUUUGCUUUCGUAUAAGAAAACUAACGCAUUUGACAUCUUUUAACUAUAUAUUAACUAACAAUAAAUCUUAUAUAAUUGAAUGCUGUUGUUU